GGGCGCUGUGUGGGGCAGUCGUCGCCGGUGAUGGCCACGGUGCGGGAGAAGGCGGCGGCGUUGAGCCUGAGCGCGGUGUGCAGCCCCGCCACCAGGCCGCCGGGUACGGGGCGGGGAGCGGGAUGGCGGGGGGAUGGCUGAGCGGGGCCGGCGCCGAGGGGAGCGGCGCCGAGGGGGUCUGAAGUGCGGGGAGAGAGCUGGGCGGAGGGGAGGGAGAGGCGGCUGGGGGCUGUGCCCGGCCGCUGCCGGCCAGCAACUCGGCGCCGGCGUCUUUCCCCGCUCGGUCGAAGUUCAAAAGUUGGCUGCUGUCCCCGGCGGCCGAGGGAGGCGCUUCCGGACGGAGUCCCGCGGCCGGGCUCUGCCCGCGGGCGCGCUCUGCCCCUUCCCGAGCGCCGCGUAGCCUUCGUGCUUACCGCUGCCCUUGCGCCGGGGCUGGAAGGUGGAGGUGGUGAAGCAGUGCUUAACGACAGCGUGCUGCGGGCAGUGCGCGUCGGUAGUCGUUUUGGCAGGUAAAACCGGCGUCACCGUUUGGACGCGUUGAUUUGUGGUGUUCUUUUCCUUCCGAGCUGGCUCUUAAGGUGUCUGAAAGCAGGGCUGGAAGGAACUGCUGCGUUCUGUUCUAUUCUUUCUGUCCACUACGUGAAGCGGAAAGCAGAGGUUCUGGAAUGCUUCUACCUCGCCUGGGCUUUAGCUUGGCCCAGAAACCAUUUGGAGCAACAUAUGUCUGGAGCAGCAUUAUCAGCGCACUUCAGACUCAAGUGGAAGUGAAAAAGCGUCGUCAGAACCUGAAGUGCUACCAUGACUGUUUUAUUGGCUCAGAUGCAGUGGAUGUCGUGUUUGCUCAUCUUCUACAGAACAAGUAUUUUGGGGAUGUUGAUAUUUCCCGUGCUAAAGUAGUGCGAGUGUGUCAAGCACUAAUGGACUACAAAGUGUUUGAGGCUGUUUCAAGGAGGGUCUUUGGAAAAGACAAACGUUCAGUGUUUGAGGACAGUAGCAGUAGCCUCUACAGAUUCACAAAUGUCUCAAGCCAAGCGGAUCUUGAUAAAGAUUACCAGCAGUGUACGCCACAAAGGCAUCAGAAGAACACUCUGUUUAACACUACUCCUGUCAAAGCAGAAAGCUUGGAGGAUCUCUGGGAAAACCUGAGUUUAAAGCCUGCAAAUACCCCUCAAGUAAACAUCUCGGAAAGUUUGUCUCGUCGAGUCAUUAAUGAGGUCUGGCGAGAGCAAACAAUUGCUCGUCUGCUGCAGCUUGUAGACCUUCCACUCCUUGACUCCUUACUUGAGCACCAGGCAGUCAAGCCUCAACUUCCACAGCCAAAGGAGGACUCUGGGUAUGUCAUCACAAGCAACUACUUGGACAGAGAGAUUCUCAAGGCUUUCAGUGACUCGCAAACAGAUGAAUGGCUCUCAUCAGCGAUAGAUUGCUUGGAAUAUCUUCCUGAUCAUAUGGUGGUAGACAUUAGUAGGAACUUGCCUGAUCAACUGGAUAAAGCUGAUACAUGGAAACUACUGCUGUUUGAAAAUAUUGGUAGAUAUUAUGGCCAGAAAAAGGAGCCCCUGCUGAGCCACGCACCUGAAGUUCAUUCAGGAAUUGCAGAACUACUAGUGAAUGGGAAGAUGGAACAGUCUCUAGAAGCUAUUCAACUCUAUUUAAAACUUCUAGACAGCCAAAUCAGGGAGGAGUUCAGAAGAUUACUGUAUUUCAUGGCUGUUGCUGCCCAUAAUUCUGAGCUCAAACUACAGAAGGAGAGUGACAACAGGAUGGUUGUGAAAAGAACAUUCUCUAAAGCUAUUAUCAACAAUAAAUCCUUAUCCAGAGGGAAAACUGACCUUCUGAUCUUGUUCCUUGUGGACCACCAAAAAGAUGUGUUAAAGAUCCCAGGGACACUGCAUAAAAUGGUCAGCAAUAAACUAAUGGCUUUGCAGGAAGGCCAAGACCCUAGUAAGAUAGCAGGUUAUACAUUUUGCCAAAAGCUUGAUGAAAGAGAGUAUCGUUUGAAUACGGAGAAGACCACAAAGGAUGAGCUAUUAUCUCUGCUGAAAGCUAUUGAUGAAGAUUCAAAGCUCUCUGAGAAAGAGAGAAAGAGGCUGCUCGGUCAGUUUCACAGUAGUAAUCCAAGUAUUUUUAUGCAGUAUUUUGGAGACAGAGUUCCUAAUAUGUGUAUGUGACUUUUAAAUUACUUUCUAUAUUGCAGUAUUGAGAACACUAAUAUAUUUGUAAAUCAUUUGUAUUCAUGUAUCUAAUAAAGUUAUUUUAUGGAAA